AUGUCAUUCGCAACUGUUAAGCGAGACCCAACGCAUGCUCGUUGUAUGUUCUCCCUCCACCCACCCCACCAGUUUCGCGAGCUUCUGGUUCUCUGCAACCACCACUGUGGGCAGAGGAACUUCAUACCUUCGUGCUGGACCGUGGCACAUGACACGGUGGCAUUUUCAGCGGCCGCUCUGCAUGCAGCCAAGGCGGAGCUACAGCGGAAGGAGGGGGAGUUGGGAUGCAAGGUGUCGUACACUAUUGACAUCUGGACUGCGCCCAAUGGGAAAGCUUGGUUGGUUGUGUCAGGUCAAUGGAUCAACGAGUCGUUUCGGCUACGCGAGGCAGUGCUCGAGUUUCGCGAGCUUCCGGGUCGUCAUGGCGCAGCACAGAUCGCGCAGAUCGUGGAGGACACGGUGGUGAUGUGGGGGUUGGAGGGGCGUUGUCUGGGCCUCACCACAGACAACGCCUCAGCCAACAUUGCCGCGUACACAUGGCUGUCGGAGGAGGGUGGUGCUCUGGAGAUCGCUAUUGAGGGCGAGGGUGUGGAGGAGGAGGAGGAGGAGGAGGAGGAGGAGGAGGAGGAGGAGGAGGAGGAGGAGGAGGAGGAGGAGGAGGAGGAGGAGUUGGUGGAGGUAGAGGAGGAGGAUGAGAAGGAGGCGGAGGAGGAGGUGGAGGGGGAGGCGGUGGAGGAGGUGUUUGAGGACGCGGCGGAGGGGAGAGGGGCGGACGCAGCAGCGGGAGGUGGCGAGGAUGGUGGCGUUGGAGGCGGGGCUGGGACUGGGCUGUAG